AAUGGCGCCACUGGAUUACGCCGCUGAGAAAGAGAAGAUCAAGCGAUUCCUGGAGGAAUUCUACCGGGAAGGCGCCGGUGGAGCCAAGGAGUUCCCGUACCGGGAGCAGAUGGCGCAGGUCUCGCGCCGGGCGAGCUCCGUGGUGCUGGUGGCCCUGGAUGAUGUGGCCGAGGCCGAGCCCGCGGUGGCCGAAGCCGCCUGCGAGAACGCCCGGCGCUACCAGAGCCUCUUCCUGGAGGCCGUGGAGGAGCUGCUGCCGCGGUACCGGGGAGAGGAGGUGCCCCCCCGGGACGUGCUGGACGUGUACCUGGAGCACCGGCUCCUGCUGGAGCAACGGGGCCGGGACCGGGGGGAGCCCCAGGACCCCCAGAACCAGUACCCCCCCGAGCUGCUGCGGCGCUUCGAGCUCUACUUCCGCCCCCCCUCCUCCCUGCAGCCCUGCCCCAUCCGGGCCGCCAGGGCCGGCUCCAUCGGGAAGCUCCUGACCCUCAGCGGGGUCGUGACCCGGGUCACGGAGGUGCAGCCCCUGCUGCUGGUGGCCACCUACAGCUGCGACCGCUGCGGGGCCGAGACCUUCCAGCCAAUCCGCUCCCCCUCCUUCACCCCCCUCCUGCUCUGCCCGAGCCGGGUUUGCCGCCAGGAGCGCUCCGGGGGGCGCCUGAGCCUGCAGAGCCGGGGCUCCCGCUUCACCCAGUACCAGGAGCUGCGGGUGCAGGAGCACACCGAGCACGUCCCCCCCGGGCACCUCCCCCGCUCCCUGCCCGUGGUCGCCCUGGGCUCCAACGCGCGCCGGGCCCAGCCCGGGGAUCACAUCCGGGUCACGGGGACCUUCCUGCCCCUGCGGGCGGAGCGCGGCCGACAGGGGGCGCAGGGGCUGCUCUCCGAGACCUACCUGGAGGCGCACUGCGUGGAGAACGUGAGCAAGAGCGAGGAGGAGGAGCUGAGCGGGGGGGAGCUCAGCGAGGAGGAGCUGCAGCAGCUGGCGGGCGAGGACCUGUACGAGCGGCUGGCGGGCUCCAUCGCCCCUGAGAUCUAUGGGCACGAGGACGUGAAGAAGGCGCUGCUGCUGCUGCUGGUGGGGGGCGUGGAGAGGGAGCUGCAGGGGCUGCGCAUCCGGGGGAACAUCAACAUCUGCCUCAUGGGGGACCCCGGCGUGGCCAAGUCCCAGCUCCUGUCCUACAUCGACCGCCUGGCGCCGCGCAGUCACUUCACCACCGGUCGCGGCUCCUCCGGUGCGGGCCUCACCGCUUCCUUAAUCCGGGACCCGCACACGGGGUCCUCCACGCUGCUAGGGGGCGCCCUAGUGCUGGCGGACCGCGGCGUGUGCGUCAUGGACGAGUUCGAGAAGCUGCGGGCCGGGGAGCGGGUGGCGCUGCACGAAGCCAUGGAGCAACAGCGCCUCUCGCUGGCCAAGGCCGGUAUCGCAGCCACGCUCAACGCGCGCUGCGCCGUCCUAGCGGCCGCCAACCCGGCCAUGGGGCGCUUCGACCCACGGCGCCCCAUAGAGCACAACGUGAGGCUGCCCCCGGCCCUGCUGUCCCGCUUCGAUUUGUUGUGGUUGAUGAGGGAUAGGCCCAGGAGGAGUCGGGAUUUGAGCCUCGCCCAUCACAUCACCUUCGUGCACCGGCACAACCGGGAGCCCCCCGGCGCCUUCCAGCCCCUGGACAUGAAGCUCAUGAGGCGGUACCUGGCCCUGUGCAAGCGGCAGCAGCCAUUGGUGCCCCCAGCUCUGUCCGAGGUUCUGAUUGGUGCUUACGUGGGGCUGCGCAAAGGGGGCGUGGCCGGGGGCGGGGCCAGCCGCGAGACGGGGUUCACCUCGGCCCGGAGCCUCCUGGCGCUGCUGCGGAUGGCGACGGCGCUGGCCCGGCUGCGCCUCGGGACUGUGGUGGAGCGCGAGGACGUGGCCGAGGCCCUGCGGCUGCUGGAGAUGAGCCGGGAAUCACUGGAGCCGGAGCAGGAGCCCUCGGCACGGCCCCAGCGCCCCUCGGACGCCAUCUUGGCGGCGCUGCGGGAGCUGGGGGGCGGCCGUGGGGCUGUGCCCUAUAGCGAGGCCCUGGAGCGCUGCGUGGCCAAAGGCUUCACCCCAGCCCAGGUGCGGGAGGCGCUGGACGAGUACGAGGAGCUCAACGUGGUGCAGGUCAACGCCGCCCGCACCCGCGUCACCUUCGUCUGAGCUAUGGGGCGGCCCCACACAUCUAUGGGGCAGCCCCACAUAUCUAUGGGGCAGGGCUAGAGAUCCAUGGGGCAGACCCACACAUCUAUGGGGCAGCCCCACAUAUCUAUGGGGCAGGGCUAGAGAUCCAUGGGGCAGACCCACACAUCUAUGGGGCAGCCCCACAUAUCUAUGGGGCAGGGCUAGAGAUCCAUGGGGCUGCCCCACACAUCUAUGGGGCAGCCCCACAUAUCUAUGGGGCAGGGCUAGAGAUCCAUGGGGCAGACCCACACAUCUAUGGGGCAGCCCCACAUAUCUAUGGGGCAGGGCUAGAGAUCCAUGGGGCAGACCCACACAUCUAUGGGGCAGCCCCACAUAUCUAUG